AAAAGAGGGCGUUGAUGCGCGGCGUUUUGACAAGGGGGGUGCGUCCUACGUCAUCUGAACCACUCGAUUCCAAGGGAUUUGAUCCUCACCGAAUGAUCGUCCCGCGGUCGCCUGCAGCGUGGAAACUUGCUGAUUCACACACACAACUGCAACCUGCCUGUGUCGGUUAGGUGAUUUGUUGGGUUUU